UGUUUUUCCUCUUUAGGUGGAGUCUUUGAAUUUUUUAAAAGACGAUGGUAAUCAGAUCUACUUGAAAAAUUAAGUGAACUGAUUUGGUUGGAAUAUUCUUUUACCAGUUCUUUAACAUUCAGCCACUAGAUUCCCAGAAGUCGUGCAUGAGUUCCUGUGGGGAGAAUUGGCAUCUUCGAAGUCAAAGACGGUUGUGAUGCAGUUUUUUGAUAUGAGGAUAACAGGAGGCGUCAGGACAAUCAUGCCCAUGAGAACUCUAAACCGUUCAGGUCGUUUUAUCUUAGUGAAACUGGCAAUUGAACUUUGCUCUAGUUGAUGGGCAAAAUUUCUUCUAGACUAUCCAUCAUCCCAAUUUCAUCCUAGUUGAAAAUUUUCAAAUGCCAUAAGAAAUCUUUAUAGAUUUGCACUUAGCUUUUGGACGGACAUUUCUACAAUGGAGAGAACUGUGUUAUAGCCCUGGUCCAAGGACAUCACCAUCUAAUGCCCAUUGACUACCGUGUGGGUGUGGAAGGUUCCAAAGAGAAGGAGCUGUCAGCAAGUGUGCAGGCCCCCUGGAGCAUGGAAUCAGGCAAGCUUUAAAAAGCACAGCUUUGGAGACACUCCAUGAGUCUGCACGGCUUUCACGUGAACUAGCACUUAAGACCUUGUGUAACAAAAUGGACACUGGGGACACAGCUCUAGGACAAAAAGCUACCUCAAGGUCUGGAGAAACUGAUAAAGCAUCAGGUAGAUGGAGACAGGAGCAAUCGGCUAUUAUUAAGAUGAGCACUUUUGGCAGUCAAGAAGGACAGCGGCAACCACAACUAGAUCCUGAGCAACUGGGAAACCCAGCGUCAGCACAACUGUUCGGUUCUGGGAAACUGGCCUCCCCUGGCGAAGUGGUGCAGCAAGUCACCGAGAAGCAAUAUCCACCGCACCGUCCGAGUCCUUAUUCAUGCCAACACUCACUCUCUUUCCCGCAGCACUCAUUGCCACAGGGGGUCCUGCACAGCAACAAGCCACAUCAGAGCCUCGAAGGCCCUCCGUGGCUUUUCCCUGGCCCUUUGCCAUCUGUUGCCUCUGAGGACUUAUUUCCUUUUCCUAUUCAUGGCCACGGUGGUGGUUAUCCUAGAAAAAAAAUUUCAAGUCUGAACCCUGCUUAUAGCCAAUACUCCCAGAAAAGUAUCGAGCAGGCAGAAGAUGCUCACAAGAAAGAGCACAAACCCAAAAAGCCCGGCAAGUACAUUUGUCCUUACUGCAGCAGGGCGUGUGCCAAACCCAGCGUACUGAAAAAACACAUCAGGUCCCAUACCGGGGAGCGGCCAUAUCCAUGUAUACCUUGUGGUUUCUCUUUCAAGACAAAGAGCAAUUUGUACAAGCACAGGAAGUCACAUGCCCAUGCAAUUAAGGCAGGAUUAGUACCUUUCACAGAGUCAGCUGUAUCUAAAUUGGACCUGGAGGCUGGUUUUAUUGAUGUAGAAGCAGAAAUACAUUCAGAUGGUGAACAGAGUACAGACACAGAUGAGGAGAGUUCUUUAUUUGCUGAGGCUUCUGACAAAAUGAGUCCUGGCCCACCCAUCCCGUUGGAUAUUGCCAGCCGAGGUGGCUAUCAUGGGUCGUUGGAAGAAUCUCUGGGAGGUCCAAUGAAGGUGCCCAUUUUGAUUAUCCCCAAAAGUGGAAUUCCUCUGCCCAACGAAAGCUCUCAGUAUAUCGGCUCUGAUAUGCUACCAAAUCCGUCUCUAAAUACUAAGGCUGAUGACUCUCACACAGUCAAACAGAAACUUGCACUAAGACUGUCAGAGAAAAAGGGACAAGAUUCUGAGCCAUCUCUCAACCUUCUGAGCCCGCACAGUAAAGGAAGCACUGAUUCUGGUUACUUUUCUCGCUCAGAAAGUGCAGAGCAGCAAAUAAGCCCUCCCAACACAAACGCAAAGUCUUAUGAAGAAAUCAUCUUUGGAAAAUACUGUCGGCUUAGUCCGAGAAAUGCACUCAGUGUUACAACCACGAGCCAGGAGCGUGCCGCCAUGGGCAGGAAGGGCAUAGUGGAAUCGUUACCUCAUGUAAACACCAGGUUAGAUGUCAAGAUGUUUGAAGAUCCCGUUUCCCAGCUGAUCCCAAGCAAAGGAGAGGUGGACCUCAGUCAGACAAACAUGCUGAAGUCCACGAAAUUCAACAGUGAGUCCAGACAACCCCAGAUUAUUCCAUCCUCUAUCAGGAAUGAAGGAAAACUUUAUCCAGCAAAUUUCCAAGGCAGCAGCCCCAUCCUCUUAGAAGCUCCUGUAGACUCUUCACCCCUUAUUAGAAGCAACUCCAUGCCAACUUCUUCAGCAACUAAUUUAAGUCUUCCUCCUUCUCUGAGAGGAAGUCACUCAUUUGAUGAAAGGAUGACAGGUUCUGAUGAUGUGUUCUACCCAGGGACGGUGGGUAUACCCCCUCAGCGCAUGUUGAGAAGACAAGCGGCUUUCGAGCUGCCUUCGGUACAGGAGGGGCACAUGGAGGUCGAGCACCAUGGCAGGAUGUCCAAAGGUAUCAGCAGUUCUUCCUUGAAGGAAAAGAAACUGGCUCCUGGGGAUAGGGUUGGGUACGACUACGAUGUCUGUCGGAAACCCUAUAAGAAGUGGGAAGACUCUGAAAUGCCAAAGCAAAGCUACAGGGACAUUUCCAGCUUAAGUUCUUUAAAACACGGUGGAGAAUAUUUUAUGGAUCCCGUGGUGCCAUUGCAGGGAGUGCCAAGCAUGUUUGGAACUACAUGCGAGAACAGAAAACGCCGGAAAGAGAAGAGUGUAGGAGAUGAAGAGGACACACCCAUGAUUUGCAGCAGCAUUGUAAGCACUCCCAUGGGCAUGAUGACUUCAGACUAUGACCCCAAAUUGCAGAUGCAGGAAGGAGUAAGGAGUGGAUUUGUCAUGGCUGGACACGAGAACCCUCCCCAUAGUCACUCUGAACGCUUCGACCCGUGUCGACCCCAGCUGCAGUCUGGAAGUCCAUCUCUUGGGUCAGAGGAGUCCCCUUCGGCCACUGAUUCAGACAAGAUGUCAGACCUAGCGGGCAGGAAACCUCCUGGAAAUGUGAUUUCUGUGAUUCAGCACACAAACUCGCUGAGCCGACCCAAUUCAUUUGAAAGGUCUGAGUCAGCCGAGCUCGUGGCUUGCACACAGGAAAAAGCCCCUUCCCCUUCAGAGACCUGUGACAGUGAGAUUUCAGAAGCCCCAGUGAGUCCGGAGUGGGCUCCACCCGGGGAUGGUGGAGAAAGUGGGGGCAAACCAUCCCCAGCUCAGCAGGUGCAGCAGCAGUCCUGCCACGCACAGCCCAGGUUGGUUCGCCAGCACAACAUUCAGGUUCCUGAGAUUCGAGUGACCGAGGAGCCUGAUAAACCCGAGAAGGAGAAGGAAGCCCAGACUAAAGAGCCAGAGAAGCCUGUGGAGGAAUUUCAGUGGCCCCAGAGAAGCGAGACCCUUUCCCAGCUCCCCGCUGAGAAGUUGCCGCCCAAAAAGAAGCGUCUGCGACUUGCAGAUAUGGAGCACUCCUCAGGGGAGUCCAGCUUUGAAUCCACAGGCACGGGCCUCUCUCGCAGCCCCAGCCAAGAAAGCAACUUGUCCCACAGCUCCAGUUUCUCAAUGUCUUUUGAAAGAGAAGAAACCAGUAAGCUUACCGCACCUCCUAAGCCGGAUGAGUUUGGGAAGCAUUCGGAGUUUUUGACUGUCCCUGCUGGUUCAUACUCAUUGUCUGUCCCGGGCCAUCACCACCAAAAAGAGAUGCGGCGCUGCUCGUCAGAGCAGAUGCCUUGCCCUCACCCCACGGAAGUCCCAGAAAUUCGGAGCAAAUCAUUUGAUUAUGGGAAUCUAUCCCAUGCUCCCGUGGCGGGAGCGGUGGCCUCAACAUUGUCACCGUCCCGGGAGAGGAAGAAAUGCUUCCUGGUACGGCAGGCUUCCUUCAGUGGCUCCCCAGAAAUUGCCCAGGGUGAGGCCGGCGUGGAUCAGAGUGUCAAGCAAGAGCAGCUGGAGCACCUGCAUGCUGGCCUCAGGUCCGGGUGGCACCAUGGCCCGUCCACUGUGCUGCCUGCUCUUCAGGCCGAGGACCCAGGGAAGCAAGUGAUGGGGCCUUGUGCCCCUCUGGGCUCAGGGCCACUCCACCUGGCCCAGCAACAGAUCAUGCACAUGGACAGUCAGGAAUCUUUGAGAAAUCCCUUGAUGCAACCAACAUCCUAUAUGACAGGCAAACACUUAUCUGAACAGCCACAUUUAUUUCCACAUCAAGAGACUAUUCCAUUUUCUCCGAUCCAGAAUGCCUUGUUUCAGUUUCAGUAUCCUACAGUCUGUAUGGUUCAUUUACCAGCUCAGCAGCCUCCCUGGUGGCAGGCCCAUUUCCCACAUCCCUUUGCCCAACACCCUCAGAAGAGCUAUGGCAAGCCUUCUUUUCCGGCAGAAAUUCAUUCUAGCUAUCCCUUAGAGCACGUGGCAGAGCACACUGCAAAGAAAUCUGCUGACUACGCACACACAAAAGAGCAGACUUACCCGUCUUAUUCAGGAACGUCAGGGCUACACUCAAAGAACCUUCUUCCAAAGUUUCCAUCAGACCAGAGUAGUAAGUCAGCUGAAACUCCCGCCGCGCAGGUUCUUCAAGAAGAUUUUGGCUCAGCAAACGCUGGGCCCUUACAGUCCUUACCGGGAACAGUGGUUCCUGUUCGGAUCCAGACUCACGUACCGUCCUAUGGAAGUGUCAUGUACACAAGCAUUUCUCAGAUACUUGGGCAGAACAGCCCUGCAAUUGUCAUAUGCAAGGUCGACGAGAAUAUGACCCAAAGGACUCUGGUAACCAACGCAGCCAUGCAGGGCAUAGGAUUUAACAUUGCCCAGGUGCUGGGGCAGCAUGCAGGCUUGGAAAAAUACCCCAUUUGGAAAGUACCUCAGACCUUGCCCCUUGGUUUAGAAUCUUCCAUCCCCUUGUGUUUACCUUCCACCUCCGACAGCGCUGCCACCCUUGGAGGUAGCAAGCGGAUGCUUUCCCCAGCCAGCAGCCUGGAACUCUUCAUGGAAACCAAGCAGCAGAAAAGGGUCAAAGAAGAAAAGAUGUAUGGGCAAAUUGUGGAGGAGCUUAGUGCUGUGGAACUGACAAAUUCAGACAUCAAAAAGGAUCUCUCCCGCCCUCCGAAACCCCAGUUGGUUCGACAAGGCUGUGCUUCUGAGCCAAAGGAUGGCUUGCAGUCAGGGUCAUCUUCCUUCUCCUCUCUGUCGCCCUCCUCAUCUCAAGACCAUCCUUCUGCCAGUGCGCCCUCAAGGGAGCCCUUCCCGCCCAGCAGAGAGAUGCUUUCCAGUUCCAGGGCACCCCGUCCGGGGCAGACGUCCAGUGGGCUUUCUGAAAGCAGAGAGUCCUCAGAUGAAUUGGAUAUCGAUGAGACAGCAUCAGACAUGAGCUUGAGCCCACAGAGUUCGUCGUUGCCAACAGGAGACAGUCAGCCGGAAGAGGAAGGGAAGAGCCGGAAGCUGCCUGUCGGCAUGCUGGUGCACGUGGCCUCGAGCCCGAGUGGGAACGUGGCAAACUCAACUCUUCUUUUCACGGACAUGGCAGAUUUCCAGCAGAUUCUUCAGUUCCCCAGUCUGCGGACAACAACUACUGUGAGUUGGUGCUUCUUGAAUUAUACAAAACCCAAUUAUGUGCAACAGGCCACCUUCAAAUCCUCGGUUUAUGCUUCAUGGUGCAUUAGUUCCUGUAACCCCAACCCAUCCGGACUGAACACCAAGACCACUCUGGCUCUUCUGAGGUCCAAGCAAAAAAUCACGGCAGAAAUUUAUACCCUGGCUGCUAUGCACAGGCCUGGAACCGGCAAGCUUACGUCGUCAAGUGCGUGGAAACAGUUCGCUCAGAUGAAACCUGAUGCAUCCUUUUUAUUUGGCAGCAAGCUAGAAAGGAAACUGGUGGGAAAUAUCUUAAAGGAAAGAGGGAAAGGAGAUAUUCAUGGAGAUAAAGAUAUUGGAUCCAAACAAACUGAGCCAAUCCGAAUUAAAAUCUUUGAAGGAGGUUAUAAAUCAAAUGAAGAUUAUGUAUAUGUCAGAGGACGGGGACGUGGCAAGUACAUUUGUGAAGAAUGUGGGAUUCGCUGUAAGAAGCCAAGCAUGCUCAAGAAACACAUUCGCACCCAUACUGAUGUUCGGCCUUAUGUAUGCAAGUUGUGUAACUUCGCCUUCAAAACGAAAGGAAAUCUAACGAAGCAUAUGAAAUCUAAAGCACACAUGAAAAAAUGCCUGGAAUUGGGAGUCUCAAUGACAUCAGUUGAUGACACAGAAACUGAAGAAGCAGAAAAUAUGGAAGAUUUGCACAAAGCGGCUGAGAAGCAUAGCAUGUCCAGCAUUUCAACUGAUCACCAGUUCUCAGAUGCGGAGGAAUCGGAUGGUGAGGAUGGGGAUGACAAUGAUGAUGAUGAUGAAGAUGAUGAUGACUUUGAUGACCAGGGAGAUCUAACACCAAAAACAAGAUCAAGAAGCACGAGUCCUCAGCCUCCUAGAUUCUCCUCCUUGCCUGUCAAUGUUGGUGCCGUACCCCAUGGGGUUCCUUCAGAUAGUUCCCUGGGACAUUCUUCGUUGAUCAGCUAUUUGGUUACAUUACCAAGUAUUCAGGUGACUCAGCUUAUGACACCCAGUGACUCAUGUGAAGAUACCCAGAUGACAGAAUACCAGAGGCUAUUCCAGAGCAAAAGUACAGACUCAGAACCAGACAAAGACAGGUUGGACAUACCUAGUUGUAUGGAUGAGGAGUGCAUGCUGCCUUCAGAGCCCAGCUCCUCGCCGAGGGACUUCUCACCCUCCAGCCGCCACUCCUCCCCGGGAUACGAUUCUUCACCCUGUCGAGAUAAUUCGCCAAAGAGGUAUCUGAUACCCAAAGGAGAUUUAUCUCCCAGAAGACAUUUAUCACCUAGGAGAGAUCUGUCACCCAUGAGACAUCUUUCACCGAGAAAGGAAGCUGCAUUGAGAAGAGAGAUGUCCCAAAGAGAUGUUUCACCAAGAAGGCAUCUGUCCCCAAGGAGGCCAGUGUCUCCAGGGAAAGACAUCACGGCAAGAAGAGACCUCUCUCCCCGAAGAGAGAGGAGAUACAUGACCACCAUAAGAGCACCAUCUCCCAGAAGGGCUUUAUACCAUAACCCACCAUUGUCCAUGGGGCAGUAUUUGCAAACAGAGCCAAUUGUAUUGGGGCCUCCUAAUUUAAGAAGAGGAUUACCUCAGGUUCCUUACUUCAGUCUCUAUGGAGACCAAGAAGGUGCUUAUGAACAUCAAGGCUCCAGCCUUUUCCCUGAGGGUCCUAAUGACUAUGUCUUCAGUCAUCUUCCACUCCACUCCCAGCAGCAAGUGCGAGCUCCCAUCCCCAUGGUGCCGGUUGGUGGGAUCCAGAUGGUCCACUCCAUGCCGCCAGCCCUUUCUGGUUUACACCCUCCACCCUCAUUGCCUCUGCCCAUGGAGGGCUCCGAGGAGAAGAUGGGCGCUCCGGGGAGGUCCUUCCCCAAGGACCCCCACGCGCUUUCCAAGCAGCAUGAGAAGCGAGCUCCUCACACGUUGCAGUCCGGUCCACCCAGCGCCCCCUCCUCCCCUCGGCUCCUGAUGAAGCAGAGCACUUCCGAGGACAGCCUCAAUGCGACAGAGCGGGAGCAGGAGGAAAACAUACAGACCUGUACAAAAGCCAUCGCCUCUCUGCGGAUCGCCACCGAAGAGGCAGCCCUGCUCGGGGCGGACCAGAAACCCUCGGGAAGCGCACGUGUUAGCAUGAGACACUUUAGUGGGCCUGAGCCAGGGCAGCCCUGUCCCUCAGCCACCCACCCUGACUUGCAUGAUGGCGAAAAGGACAAUUUUGGUACAUCACAGACUCCAUUAGCUCACUCCACGUUUUACAGCAAGAGUUGUGUGGAUGACAAGCAGGCAGACUUUCACAGCAGCAAGGAAUUAGCGUCAAGCACAGAGGAAGGCAAUGAACCUUCAUCAGAAAAGAGUCAACUACAUUGAUCUAAGAUGCAUGGAGACUUUCAUUUCCACAUUUUCCCUUUUUUUUUUGUUUCUGUUUUUCUAGAAAUAGAGGUAAUCAAGUUUAUAGCAUGCCUGUCCUAAGUUAUAGUAGUUGCUAUUAUAUAUACUUUUGUUAUAUCAAAAGAAUUAGGUAAAUUAACAAGUCAUCAUGAGCCUGACCAAAACAAAAUUUGAAAUUAACCUAUUGGGUCUGGUACUUUUAAAAUUGUACAGAUGUUUGUGCCUUUUCUUUACUUUGCUUAUAUUCUUAUAAGCAUUUUUUAGCAGUAAUUUGUACAUAUUUUAGAAUUUGUGUAUCUGCUUUGUAAUAAAUGUAAUUUCUUUCCUUUUUUGGACACUUGGAUCUAAAUGAUGUAAAGCAAAACAGCAUCAAUAUAUAUGUGAGGUUGCACUAAAACAUAUUUUUAUAUGAUUAAAACUGAACAGCUUUUAUGUACAGCUCUGAUUCUGUAAUACUAAUAUUUAUUUACUUUGUUUCAUAAAUUGUACAUUUUUUCUUAAUGUUGUGGAUUGCUUUUCUAUGUGAAGCAUGGAAUUUACUGUUGCGUACCUAGAACAAAAAUGUACGUUGUAAACAAGAUAUUUAAACUAGAGUAUCUUAUUCUGCACUUAUGCAUUAGUUAAGAAAAAAAAAGAUAAAGGAUGUAUCAGUCAGUUCUUAACUCUUGUAUAUUUUUUUGUCUCUUGUUUGCUGGAUUGACUAUAACUUAAGUGCUGAUUGUGAUUUUAAACUGAUAGUACCGUAAAGCAUUAAAGUAAACAAUGUGCUAUUGUGAGUUUUUUCAAAGCUUUAUAAAUCAGUUAUAAAUAAUAUUAAAAGUAUUUGGUCUUAUGUGAACAUGUUGAUCUAUAUACGCAUCUAAAAAUAUGGGAAAACAUUCCGCCCCAUGUAAAUAUGUACAAGUGCAUCACUGGUACAAUUUUAUGUAACUCAGUUGGACACUAGGUUGCCACAGACCUAUGCUAGGGUGUCUUUAAAAAUUAAAGUGACAAAGCACAUGGGACUGUGUAGAGCUUGGUUAUCGGCUGGCCCGGUGGCUUGGCAGGCAGUGCUGUGCGCUGCCAUGGAGAAGAGCUGGGCUUAUAAGUCUCCUUGGUUCUUGCUGCACAGGAUGGUGACUGGAACUAAGGCUACACAGAGGGGUCGCACUUGGACUCUGAAGGUUGGGUGUGGAAGCGGGGAAGGGGGACGGAGACCUGCUCCCCAGCUCUUCCUGUCAGCCAAUCCACGUGGUAACAGGGUUAACAUCAGCAUUAGGGGAAGUCACCUUACCCUUUCGAAUAGGGGAAGAGUGUCACACUCCUGGCUAUCUCAGGGGGAAUGGGGAAAAGAAUCUUUCAAGGGCAAAGAACUCGUGGCAGGAUGAUGUCUGUUGUAUAUAACAUUCAGAAUGGCUUUUGGUUAGUGUUGAAGGUGGAAAGCCUUUGUAGGUCCAGAAGAGAGGGAGUACAACAUGUGCACAUGCACGUACGUGUGUGUGUGCGCACACACACAAUCUGGGUUCUCUUUGUGCUAUAUAGUGGAUUAUAAUUCUGUGAAACCAAGUUUGUAUACUGAAUUACAUUAAGGAGUGUUCUUUAAAAAGAGAAAUAAAUAUACAAUUACGUGCUUGAGGUGUCUAGUUCUUAUGUGUUGUUUUACAUUUUAAUUUCCCAGCUUUGUUUUUAAAGAAACUGUGGUGCUACUGACAUACCAUUUGUACUUUUAAUUGCUAGUUUCUGCCUGUCCUGAGGUAUGCCGGGGGUAUGAAUGCUUUGGACAAGUAAAAAGACAGUCGUUGCUUCUAUAGGACAUCUGACUAGAACAGAAAGUGGUCACCAAGGUGUGGACCUUAGAUACGGACUCAUCCAAACCUGAGCAUGGUCCUGGGCAGCAUCCACUGUGUCUGAACAGAGUCACAAAUAAAGCAAAUUGUUAUUUUC